AUGCAGACAAGCUGCUGUUCCCCACCGUGUUGGCGGGCUCUCUGCGUGUUGGCGGCUGGAUUGACAGUGACAUUACAAGCGCUGCCAACAUGUCCUCACCCCUGUCGGUGCGACCCGUCCGGGUCCGCCGUUGACUGCUCUUUCGCCCGAUUUGCCACUGUGCCAGAGCGCCUCCCUCUGAAUUUGACCAGACUCAACAUGAGCCAUAACGCCAUCAAGACUCUGGCGCCUGAGCAAUUCGCAACUUUGACGAGACUGGAGGACUUGGAUCUGAGCGACAAUGUCCUAGCGUAUGUGGACGCCGACGUUUUCGUUGGCCUGCGAAGCUUGCUAGAUCUGCGCUUAGCUCGCAACCGUCUAAAGGUGCUCCCAGUCGGUAUCUUCGCCGGCUUGUCAAGACUACGGCUGCUUGACGUGAGCGACAACGAGCUCCUUGGAUUCCUGGAUUUCACCUUCCGAGAGUUGGCCGGCCUGCGUGUGCUAAAAGCGCUGCGUAACGACGUCGUCUUCAUCUCUCGCUGGGCCUUUGCGGGUUUAACCGACCUGCGCCAGCUUCACUUGGACACCCGCAAUCUUACGUUGGUGCCUACCGAGGCCUUCGCAUAUCUGGGCGGGUUGACAGCUUUACAUCUGCACCGUCUCGAUUCCACCGUGAUGCCAAACUAUGCUUUUCUCGGUUUGGGGCGUCUGAAGGAACUUGUCAUAUCCGAUUGGCCAAGACUAGAGACAUUAUCCGCCAAUAGUCUAGUCGCCCUCAAUCUUACGUCUCUUGCAAUUCGAAGCUGCAACCUCAGCGAAAUCCCCUACACAGCUUUACAUCACCUCGUCUACCUUGUGCGCCUCGACUUGUCUUAUAACCCAAUCGACUACAUCCAAGGCAACCAGCUCAAGGAAUUACUCAGGCUCGAAGAGUUUCACAUGGUCGGGGGACAGUUGCGACGCAUCGAAAUGGCGGCUUUUCGGGGUUUGGCGCGUCUUAGCCUGGUCAAUAUGUCAGGAAAUGUCCUUAGCACCCUGGAGGAGGGCGUUUUUCACUCACCGAAUGCCAUUCAACGUCUGAGACUGGACAGAAACCCGCUAGCCUGUGACUGCCGCCUGGUGUGGUUGGCGCGCCGUCGUUUGACCCUAGACUUCGGCGAAAGCCCGCCGACCUGCGGCUCGCCGGGUAGUUGGGAUUUCCUCAAAAUGGCGGAGCUGCUCACGUGCCAGUCCCCUCGCAUCCGACCGCGCUAUCCCAACAUCGGCAGGGUGGAUCAGGGCCACGCCGCGGUGUUGCACUGCAAUGCGGAAGGCCGGCCCGCGCCAUCUGUCACCUGGCUCAAUCCGAGGCGAAUGGCGUUAACGGACAUCGGCAGGGUACGAGCGCUCGCCAAUGGUACGCUGGAGGUCCGCUACGCACAGCCGCAAGAUGCCGGCACUUACCGCUGCGUGGCAUCCAACGCGGCGGGAAACGACACAUGGCCAGUGGAGCUUCACGUCCGGGCCUUAGCCAGCAACAAGCCCUUUCACCUCAAAAGCUGGCUCAUCUCCUCGCCGUCUUCCACAGCGGGCCCACGGGACCCGCCGUUUGACGUCAAGACGCUGCUGAUCGCCGCGUCCAUCGGCUUCCUGUCAUUUUUCAGCUCUGUCAGCGUUUGCUUCCUCGCCAUGUUCUUCUGGAGUAAAGGCAAAGGGCAAAUCAAGCAUACCGCCACUAUCGCGUAUGUGCCGCGUACCACCGCUACCAGUAGUAACGGCAGCACAGGCAACUAUAUGGAGACGAGCAGGUUUACCAUGAAACUGAUGUAA